AUGGUUAGCGGAAUAGAACACAUCGGCCAAAAGAGCCGAGUCAUUUUGGAGAGGAAAUUCGGCUUAGCCCAUUUGGGCGUCCCCGUCUUAAUGAUCAGCUUAAAUAAACCAAAUAAUUUGGCCCAAUUGGCUAGGUUUCUGAGCGAGAAGCUGAUGGGCGGCUUGCCGUACAGCGUAUGGGUCAACGUUCCCAUGAUACAUCCUUCCAGAAACAGCCCAUUAGCGGAGCAAGAUGACUCGAUACGGCAAAGCGCCGCCGGCGCUAUGGACAUUAAAAACUGCGUGGAAAACACUGAAAUCGUAAAUAUAGUGGAAAAACAACAAAUAAACAAUAGUGGAGGUGCAAAAGCUACUUCUCAAACGUGCAAUAGUGGCAGAAUCGAAAAAAAACCGAGGAUGGGGAAGCGCGCCGACAGCGUCCCGAAAAAAACCAGGCAGGAACUUCAGGAAGAGAAUGAAAAACUAAGAGAAAAACUGGAGGAGCUCCAAGCAACGGUAGAAAAGCUGAAGGAAAUGAUGGAACGUGGCGAGAAGAGAAGAAAGACAAAGGUUAGUGAAAACGUAAACCCUAAUACAGAACUAGACAACGAGAAAAAGUACAAAAGCGCCUCCGUUCCACAAACAAUGGAAACAGAGGUCGCAAAUGAAAUUGAGAUCGAACAGGACGACCUAAGCGGGUUCGUCGAAGUAAUACGACACAAAAAUAGGCAGAAACGCACUAAUAUGAGUCAAAAAACCGAUAACAUACCGAAUAAUAAUAACCCGAAACCCAUAGAAAAAACAGCCAGACCGCCAGCAAUUAUAGUUAGGGAGGAGCCAAAAACCCUAACGCAGAUAUUAAACACAGUCAACGUUACCGCGUACAAAAUAUUCGCGAAAAAUAACGAAACAUGCGUUUUAAAAACGGACAACAUGGAAGCGUACAAAAAAUCAAUUAGUAUCCUAGACAAAACCGAAUCACAAAAAUACACAUAUACACCGGCAACGGAAAAACCCCAGACGACCAUUCUCAAGGGAUUAGGGAAAAACCAUACAGACGCAGAAAUUAAAUCGUUUAUUAACGACCGCGCGCCGGACGUCAGGAUUAUCAACAUUAAAAGAUUACAAACCAGACGGUCGUUAAGAGAGGACUACAUAAUACCGAUAUACAUAAUACAAAUAUCCCCGGACAGCAAUUUAAAAUCAAUUACCGAAAUAGACACACUAAACAAUAUAGCAGUUACUUGGAAUAAACUAAAGAAAACCGGCAAAACCCAAUGCCGGAGAUGCCAACGAAUAGGCCACGUUAGCCUUAACUGUACAAUGCCGUACAGGUGCGUAAAAUGCAUCGAAGAACACAAACCAGGGGAAUGCCCAAUAACCGAAAAAGUACAACCCGAAAAAUUAUACUGCGUAUUAUGCAAAAAAUACGGACAUCCGGCAUCGUAUGGGAAAUGCCCGGUCAAAUUUAAUAGGGCAAGUAAUAAUACCGUAACAAACCAAAUCUCCGCAAAACCGCGGCAGGAACCGAGAGUGAUAAAAGCUACUAGGCCGGUUACAGCAAAUAUCCAGUAUGCACAAGUAGCCCGAAAUACCAGGCAAGAAGACACAAAAACCAACAAAGAAAAUGCGCCGGAACCAGAAAAAACCCUAAUGGAUGCAAUUUUACAAGAAAUGAGAAAUCAAUUCGGUCUGAUAAAUAAGCGACUAACUAAAUUAGAGGAAGACGUCAGCGUGAACAAUGCCCUGAUGAAUUACAACGAAGAAGACUACGAAUAA